AUGGGGCCGUGCCGGUGGGCGCCGCUCUGGGGCUUCCACGCGGUGCUGGUGCAGGUGGCCGUGCUCACGGCGGGGCAGCGCCCGCAGGAGAGACCCCCGCGGCCGGCGGGAUGGUCGCCGGCCCCCUCAUCUUCGUGGGCGCCCACCGUGGAGCCGGGAGCGCCGGGGGACAGCGAGGGCUCGGCGGCAGCGCUGGCGUUCCUGCGCACGGGCGAUGCCGAGCGCCUGGCCCGGGCCAACUGCAGCGGGGGUGUCGCGGCGGGGGCCCCCGCGCCCGGGCCGCCCCCGGCGCUGCGGGCAGCCCUGCGAGCCGCCCCCGAGGCGCUGGCCCACGCCGCCAACUUCCUCAACAUGCUCUUCCAGACCAACGACAUCCGCGAGGCCAGCGUGGCCGAGGACGUGGAGUGGUACCAGGCGCUGGUCCGCAGCCUGGCCGAGGGGCACCCGUGGGUGCGCAGGGCGGUGCUGGCCCUCGACGCCCACCCGCUGGCCCCCAAGCCCCGGCUGAUGCUGCAGGCCACCAAGGGGGACGGCCAGAUCCUGCUGCAGGACGUCUCCAACGCCGCUCCCAGCCUGGGCAACCUCAGCUGGGACAACGAGUGGUUCAACGCCCUCAAGUCGCAGCGGGUCCCGGCGCUCCGCAAGCGGGUGCUCAGCAAUGACCUGCGCAGCCUGGAGACCCCCAAGUGGCAGCGGGGGGACAGCUACGUGGGGGACCCGGGCCACGUGCGCUGGUCGCCGCCGUUCCUGGAGUGCCGCGAGGGCCGCUUCCUGCCCACCUGGGCCGUCACGCUCUCCUCCGCCUUCUACGGGCUCAAGCCCGACCUCAGCCCCGAGUUCAAGGGGGUCGUGCGGGUGGACGUGGAGCUGAGGGACGUGGCCAUCGACCAGUGCUCCAGCGGGCCGGGCUGGUUCUCGGACACGCAUCGCUGUGACCUCAACAGCACCCAGUGUGUCCCCCAGGAGAGCCGUGGCUUCGUCCUCGGGAGGUACCUGUGCAGGUGCAAGCCGGGUUUUUACAGGGCCGGCGGAGUGGCCAGCGGUGCCUGGGCAGGUGUGGCAGGGACGGGGGGGUCCCGGCUGGGGUGCCGGCCGUGCCGCCCGGGCUGUGCCACCUGUGAGGACGACACGCCCUGCCUGAUCCAGGAGGACCAGGUGCUGCGGGCAGCGGUGCUGUCGUGCCAGGCCUGCUGCAUGCUGGCCAUCUUCCUCAGCAUGCUCGUGUCCUACCGCUUCCGACGGAGCAAGAGGAUCCGGACAUCAGGAAUCAUCCUGCUGGAGACCAUCCUCUUCGGGUCCCUCCUCCUCUACUUCCCUGUGUUCAUCCUGUACUUCAAGCCGAGCAUCUUCCGCUGCAUCGUCCUGCGCUGGGUGCGGAUGCUCGGCUUCGCCAUCGUCUAUGGCACCAUCACCCUCAAGCUCUACAGGGUGCUGAAGGUGUUCCUGUCGCGCACGGCGCAGCGCGCUCCCUACGUGUCGAGCGGGCGGGUGCUGCGGAUGCUGGCGCCCAUCCUGCUGCUGGUGCUGUGGUUCCUGGCAGCCUGGACCAUCGGCAUGCUGGAGAACGCCCACAAGAACAUCCCGCUGGUCAUCCGCGCCCAGACCAGCCGCGGCCUCCACUUCUCCAUCUGCGGCCACGACUGCUGGGAUUACAUGAUGGUCAUCGCCGAGAUGCUGUUCCUGCUGUGGGGCAGCUUCCUGUGCUACGCCACGCGCGCCGUGCCCUCGGCCUUCCACGAGCCCCGCUACAUGGGCAUCGCCCUCCACAACGAGCUCAUGGUCUCUGCCACCUUCCACGUGGUCAGGUUCCUGAUUGUCCCCUCGCUGCAUCCGGACUGGACUCUGCUGCUCUUCUUCGCUCACACCCACGGCACCAUCACCAUGACCCUGGCCCUGCUCUUCAUUCCCAAGUUCCUGCACACGGGCUCGCCGCUGCGGGAGGAGAUCACGGCCGAGGUGUACGAGGACGAGCUGGACAUGCGGCGCUCGGGCUCCUGCAUGAACAGCAGCAUCGCGUCCGCCUGGAGCGAGCACAGUCUCGACCCCGAUGACAUUCGGGAGGAGCUGAAGAAGCUUUACCGACAGCUAGAGGUGCACAAGACGUGGCGGAUGGCGACCAACAACCCGCACCUGGCCAAGAAGCGCAGCUCCCGCCGCAGCCUCGCCCGCUCCAUCCUGCGCCGCAGCGGAGCCGAGCUGGCCGAGAGCGCGUCCCGCCGCAGCAGCGCCGGGGACCGGGCGGGGACCCUGUCCCGCCGCAGCUCCUCGGCCAGGCGGCUCGUGGAUGCCGCCGGGACCAGCCUGAGGAUGCGGGACGGAAGCUCCCGGCGCCGCUCCUCAGCCCUGCACAAGUCCCGCAGCUCCGAGGGGCCCCCGCGGGAGCCCCGCCGAGGGUCGCGCACCCCCAGCCCGCCCGAGGAGCCUCGGCCGCCGGCGGUGAUGGACUUGGAGCAAUCCGACAGCGACUCGCUGGACGCCGCCCCGCUCCUGUGCAAAUCGGCCAGCGCCCAAAACCUGGCGGGGCACUGGCAGCGACCCCCGGGCCGCGCCCCGCCCUUGCAGAAGUCCCACAGCGUUGUCACCGGGGCGCGGGAAGUGGCGCUGCUGGCCGCCCGCACGGCCGCCCGCCAGCAGUGGCACGGCAGCCGCCACCUCUCCGCGCCGGCCCCGGGGGUCCCCAGCGGCACCGCGACACCGCAGAGCCCCGCCGAGAGGGGCUCGCAGGAGGACACGGCCCCGCUGGGCGAUGCCAAGGGGCACAAACAUGUCACCUACGCGCCCAUCAAGAGCGUCAGCGCUGACAGCGCCCACCCGCCCAGGAAGGUGCGGGUGACCGUGAAGAAAACCCCCCCUCCACCCCCCGUCCGCUACCAGAGCCUGCAGCGCUCGGGGACGCUCGGGGACAGCCCGGAGCCACCGCCGGGCCACCCGGCACAGGCGGGAGAGUUGGAGGGGACAGCAGGGGACGACCCGGAGCGCGCGUCCCCCCCGGCAGGGAAGGGCAGGCUGCUGACCCCGACGGCCACCUCGGCACACGUCUGUCCCUGGGAGCUGGUCCAGGACGAGAUCCUGGGCAGGAAACAAAAAGCGGCCGAGGCAGCAGAGUCGGGGAGCCCCGGUGACACAGCGGCCGCCACCCCCGGCCCCAAGCCGCCCCCCACGAAGAGUUUCCGGAGCCUGGGACUCGCCAUCAAAGCCCUCAACCGCUCCAGGGGGAAGAGCAUCCUGAAAGGGAAAAGCGAGGGGAGCCUCAGGAAGAGGGGCAGCAGCAGGAGCGAGAAGCCCGGCCUGGCAGAGGCCUCGGCCGUGUCCCUCGGGGGGCUCAGCCCAGACCCCGCUGCCAAAAUCCCCGAGGGGAGCGGGCAGAGCCUCGAGCCCCCCGCCCUCCAGCACAACAACAACGCCGCCACCCCCGGGGAAGCCGCGGACUGGGGGGACAGCGGGACAGGAGGACAAUGGGACAGCCUGGCCGCGGGGACAGGCAACAGGGACAAAGCGACAGAGGGGCCCAGCGCUGCCCGAGGGGACGCGGGUACUGGUGGGCGUCUGGAGCCACCCAGCGCGGGCCACCAAGGAGCUGAAUGUCCCCCGGAGGUGGCCCGGGUACAGCCCCAGGAAGGGGACGAGGCUCCUGCAGUGGAUCUGGGGGAGGACGUUCCUGGGGUCACAGCGGAGGAAGGGACACUUGACGAGCUCGAGGGGACCAGCAGGUCCUUCCAGCCCCGGGACCACCCGGAGGAGCAGCCGCCUGCGAAGCCCACCCCGAGCAGCGUGCGGGGCGCGGCGGGGCGGAAGCCGCGGGCUGAGGUUGGCCCGCCCGGACCGCUCGGAAUCCCGGCAGGAAGGGGAGCCUUGCUGCGCCAGGAGGCGAUCGCUCCCCGGGAGGAUGCAGGGACCCCAGAGAGCCUGGACAAGGCGCUGGAAGAGGGGAGCAGCCAGCCCGACUCCGAGCGGGUCCCCAGAAGGAGCUGGAGCAGGGCUGGGAGUGCGCAGGGAGAGCUCAGUCUUGGGGGAGAUUCCAGCUCCAAAGCAGGAAUCUGCCCUGGGAAGGGCGGCAGUGAGGGGGAUUCUCAGCGCUCUCCGGGCUUGGAAAAACCACCAGAGCUGCCGAAAGAGGCCCCGGAGAAAGCGGAGGGCAGGAGGGCUGAGGUGUGCCCGUGGGAGAGCCGGGAACAGGGGAGGAGUGUCCGAGCAGAAAUCUGCCCCUGGGACACAGAGCGGGCCCUGCCAGAGCAGGAGGGGCAGAGAUCCCCCAAACCUGGAGAAGGUGUGGAGCAGCCUGGGAUGAGGCUCACAGGGAAACCCCCAGCUCUGCCCAAAGCCUCAUCCCAGCGGGCUGGAACCACAGAGAGCAAAAAGGCCAACAUCUGUCCCUGGGAAGUGGAGGGUGAGCCGCGCCCAAAAACAGAGAUCUGCCCCUGGGAAGAGGCUGCAGCUCCGUUGGGGAAGGAGAGAUCGAGGCAGGACACGCAUGGCACUUCCAAAAGGGAAGAAAAAGUGGGAUCCAGAGCACGGGAAAAAGGAAAGCAGAUCCCAGCCAAACCCCUGCCCAAAUCUCCUUCGGGGAAAUCCCAGAGCUCGGAGAAGGCAGAGAUCUGUCCUUGGGAGUCUCAGGGAUCCAAAUCCAGUGACAAAGCUGAAAUCUGUCCCUGGGAGGUGGCUGAGCCUCAGCUGGAGAAAGGAACAGCCCCAAGUAAGGAGAGACUCCCAUCAAGAGAAGCCUCUAAAGUUCUUGAGAAGGGAAGCAGAGACCGAGUGUCCGUCUGUCCUUGGGAGAGCCUGGACACAGAGCAGCCCCCGGCCAAACCCCACACUGGGACCUCAGCACUGCCCAAAGCUCCUUUGGGGAAAUCCCUGAGCUCGGAGAAGGCAGAGAUCUGCCCUUGGGAGGUCGAAUCCAGUGGCAAAGCUGAAAUCUGUCCCUGGGAGGUGGCUGAGCCUCAGCUGGAGAAAGGAACAGCACCAGGUAAGGAGAAACUCCCACCAAAAAAAGCCUCCAAAGCUGUGGAGAAGGGGAGCAGAGACCGAGAGUCCAUCUGUCCAUGGGAGAGCCUGGACACAGAGCAGCCCCCAGUGAAAUCCCAAACUGGGACCUCAGCAGUGCCCAAAGCUCCUUUGGGGAAAUCCCAGAGCUCAGAGAAGGCAGAGAUCUGUCCCUGGGAGUCUCAGGGAUCCAAAUCCAGUGACAAAGCUGAAAUCUGUCCCUGGGAGGUGGCUGCACCUCAGCUGGAGAAAGGAACAGCCCCAAGUAAGGAGAGACUCCCAGGAAAAGCAGAGACCAAAGCUCUGGAGAAGGGGAGCAGAGACCAAGAGUCCGUCUGUCCUUGGGAGAGCCUGGACAUGGAGCAGCCCCUGGCCAAAUCCCACACUGGGACCUCAGCACUUCCCAAAGCUCCUUUGGGGAAAUCCCAGAGCUCAGAGAAGGCAGAGAUCUGUCCUUGGGACACUCAGGAUGUUGAAUACAGCAGCAAAGCCAAGAUCUGUCCCUGGGAGGUGGCUGAACAACCCUCAGGCAAAGAGAAACCCAGACAGGACAAAGAGGAGCCAUCCAGGGUGGGCAAAAGCCCUUCCACAAGUCAAGGCCUCCUGAAGGGAGUGGAAGCUUCUUUCACUUCUGGAAAGAAGGAUCAAGAGUCCGUCUGUCCUUGGGAGAGCCUGGACAUGGAGCAGCCCCUGGCCAAACCCCACACUGGGAGCUCAGCAGUGCCCAAAGCUCCUUCGGGGAAAUCCCAGAGCUCAGAGAAGGCAGAGAUCUGUCCUUGGGAGAGUCAGGACCUUAAAUCCAGUGAUAAAGCUGAAAUCUGUCCCUGGGAGGUGGAUGAGCCUCAGCUGGAGAAAGGAGCAGCACCAGGUAAGAAGAGACUCCCAGGAAAAGCAGAGACCAAAGCUCUGGAGAAGGGGAGCAGAGAGAGGGAAUCAAUCUGUCCUUGGGAGAGCCUGGACACGGAGCAGCCCCUGACCAAACCGCGAACUGUGAGCUCAGCACUGCCCAAAGCUCCUCCAGGGAAAUGCCAAAGCUCAGAGAAGGCAGAGAUCUGUCCCUGGGAGGUCGAAUCCAGCAGCAAAGCCGAGAUCUGUCCCUGGGAGGUGGCUGAACCUCCCUCCCAGCAGCCAAAGGCAAAGCAGGUCCCAGCUGGGGGCUCCAAGGGGGACAAGCGCAUCACGCGCCAGGCAGCGCUGGCCAGCCCGGAGAGAUCCCUGGACAGCAGAGACCGAGUGUCCGUCUGUCCUUGGGAGAGCCUGGACACGGAGCAGUCCCCGGCCAAACCCCACACUGGGAGCUCAGCAGUGCCCAAAGCUCCUUCGGGGAAAUCCCAGAGCUCGGAGAAGGCAGAGAUCUGCCCUUGGGAGGUCGAAUCCAGUGGCAAAGCUGAAAUCUGUCCCUGGGAGGUGGCUGAGCCUCAGCUGGAGAAAGGAACUGGCCCAGGUAAGGAGAGACUCCCAUCACGAGAAGCCUCUAAAGUUCUGGAGAAGGGAAGCAGAGACCGAGAGUCUGUCUGUCCAUGGGAGAGCCCAGACACAGAGCAGCCCCCGGCCAAAUCCCACACUGGGACCUCAGCAGUGCCCAAAGCUCCUUUGGGGAAAUCCCAGAGCUCGGAGAAGGCAGAGAUCUGUCCUUGGGAGUCUCAGGGAUCCAAAUCCAGUGACAAAGCUGAAAUCUGUCCCUGGGAGGUGGCUGCACUUCAGCUGGAGAAAGGAACAGCCCCAAGUAAGGAGAGACUCCCACCAGGAGAAGCCCCUAAAGUUCUGGAGAAGGGAAGCAGAGACCGAGAGUCUGUCUGUCCAUGGGAGAGCCCAGACACAGAGCAGCCCCCAGCCAAAUCCCACACUGGGAGCUCAGCAGUGCCCAAAGCUCCUUCGGGGAAAUCCCAGAGCUCGGAGAAGGCAGAGAUCUGUCCUUGGGAGGUCGAAUCCAGUGGCAAAUCUGAAAUCUGUCCCUGGGAGGUGGCUGAGCCUCAGCUGGAGAAAGGAACUGGCCCAGGUAAGGAGAAACUCCCACCAAAAAAAGCCUCCAAAGCUGUGGAGAAGGGGAGCAGAGACCGAGAGUCCAUCUGUCCAUGGGAGAGCCUGCACACGGAGGAGCUGUCCCUGAAAUCUGCAGUGGGGAAGGAGCCAUCCAAGAAAUGCGGCAGCACCGAGAGCAGGAAAUCUGAAAUUUGCCCCUGGGAAGCAGCAGAGCCCAUGGGGUUGGAGGAGGAAAUCUCCCAGCCAGAUGUGCAGCCACAGGGAGCCCAAAGAGCUUCCCCUGCAGGGAUGGGACAGCUGGGUGCCAGCGCUGUGUCUCCAACACUUCUGGAACAAUCCAGGGGCAGAUCCCAUGGGGAAGCCGAGCACAAGCCCCUGUGCCGACUCCUGCCCAGCAUCCAGCACCCAGCCGUGGGCAGCAGCCCCAGCCCUGGCACUGGCCUGGCUGAGGUUUGUCCUUGGGAAGCUGGAGAGGCUCCAGCAGCACCUGCCAAGCCCAGUUUGGACAUGAGGAAAAGCUCUGAGGUGUGUCCGUGGGAGGAGGAGAGCACGGAUCCCUCCCGGACCUGCCCCGGGCAGGGCAGAGCCCGGGAUGGGGGUGGGGUGUGAGUGGAUCCCAGCACCAGUGGCUCCAUCCAUCCAUCCAUCCAUCCAUCCAUCCAUCCAUGGAUCCAUCAUCCAUCCAUCCAUC